CCCUAGCUUUUGUAAAAGACAAGCUUAUUAUUUAUUCGAAGAUGACUCAGUUCAGCCAGAACCAAUCUGCAGGAGCUUAUGAUAUGCCGCCAGUGUCUACCGGUCCCUACGUAGCACCACCUCCUGCCGGUUACCCAACGAACGACACGAGUCAUGCCACGAUGGCUCCGGUUGAGACAAAGUCUAAGGGUGAUGGAUUCUUGAAAGGCUGUCUUGCGGCCAUGUGUUGUUGUUGUGUCCUCGACGCCUGCUUCUGAUUUCGGAGGAGUUUAUUUACUUUAGUAAACUAUGUUUGAUAUAGUCGACUAGUUCAUGGCAUUUGGAUCUCCUUUUCCAUUUGUUUAUUCAUUUCUUUCUUGAUCUUUGGUUUGUAUUGUUGAUAUAUCAUUUUAAUAAAUUAUUUUUCAUUACAUAUUCUAAAUCAUGGUAUAACAAUGAAUGACGUAAUGACGUAAUA